CCCUCCUCCUUCAAUCUUCUGUUGAACCCUUGUUUUCAAGCUCGUCAUUUGGGAAAAUGCCCGAGCUUUCUAGAUUCGAUGGGAAAAUUCAAUUCGGAAGUAAUGAGCUCUAAAGCUGUACAAAACAGGCAUCCCAACAAGGUCUCGUUUUAAAAGCACAAAAAAGUGGGGUUAUCUUAAAAUAUGGAAAGGAAUUAUGUUCUUUUGGUGGGCAUUUUUCUGCUCUUAGUUGGUGUGGGUUGCUCUGGUAAUGAUUCGAAGGGAAAUGGUGAUGGAGAAGAAGAUGCAGUUGUAGAAAGAGUUGAUUCUAAAUCUGUUCCCGAUUCUAUUAAAGAUAAUGGAAGAGAUCAAACUGAUGGAUCGGAGAGGGGUGCUGAUAAUGAUGCAAGUAAGAGCAAUAUGAACCGGCGAUCGGGUUCGAAUGGAGGCAACGACUUGGUGAAGGAUGGGAAAGAAUCGAGUGGUGAAGCAAAAGGAAAUACAAAUAGUGGGAAAGAUAACGGAAGAGAUCAAAUUGAUGGAUCAAAACAGGUUUCUGUUAGUGAUGCCAGUAAGAGUGGUUUGAACCGGCAAUCGGGUUCAAAUGAAGGCAAGAAUUCGGUAAAGGAUGGGAAAGAACUGAGUGGUGAAGCAAACGGAAAUACAAAUAGUGGGAAAGAUCACGGAGGAGAUCAAAUUGAUGGAUCAAAAGGGGGUGCUGAUAUUGAUUCGAACCGGCAAUCGGGUUCUAAUGAAGGCAAGAAUUUGGUAAAGGAUGGGAAAGAACUGAGUGGUGAAGCAAAAGGAAAAUCAAAUAGUGGGAAAGAUCAUGGAGGAGUUCAAAUUGAUGGAUCAAAAGGGGGUGCUGAUAAUGAUGCUAGUAAGAGCGAUUUGCACCAGCAAUCAGGCUCGAAUGAAGGCAAGAAUUUGGUGAAGGAUGGGAAAGAAUCGAGUGGUGAAGCAAAAAGAAAUACAAUUAGUGGGAAAGACCAUGGAGGAGAUCGAAUCGAUGGAUCAAAAGGGGGUACUGAUAAUGGUGCAAGUAAAAUCGAUUUGAACCAGCAAUCAAACUCGAAUGAAGGCAAGAAUUCGGUGAAGGAUGGGGAAAAAUCAACAAAUAGUGAGAAAGAUAAGGGAGGAGACAUUGACAGAUCAGAUAAGGGUCCAAAGAAAGUGAGCAAAGAGGAAGAGAUUAUACGGGGCUCGGUCCAACCACCGCCUCCAUUACCAAGGAACGAUGGCUCUCAAGUUGCAGAAUGCGAUUCAUCUAAUAUGUGUAUGAAUAUGAAUAAAAGUUUUGCUGCCUGUUUGCGAGUUGCAGGAAAUGAUUCUCCCAAUCUGUUACUUCUGAUUCAGAACAAGGGAAAGGGGCCUCUCACCCUUAAAAUAUCUGCUCCACCUUUUGUUCAGUUAGAGGAAACGGAUGUUGAACUCGAAGAGAAUCGAGAUAAAAAGGUAAAGAUUUCAAUAAAAGGUUCCGGAAGCGGAAACUUUAUCGUCUUAAAGGAUGGUACCGGAGAGUGCAGUCUUGAUUUCAAGGAUUUGAUUCCUCAAAAUUUGUCCAAGUCCUAUGUAAACAUUUUGUCACUAACCCCAACAACGGCCUUUAUAUUUGCCGCUGCCAUACUGAUGUUAGUGUCGUGUUGGAUGGGCAAGAGCUUUAGACGGAGGCAACUCGCUAGAAGUAGCUCGAAAUACCAAAGGAUAGACGUGGGGCUGCCCGUAUCUAGUAAGGCAAGAAGAGAACCGGAUGUUGACGAUGGUUGGGAUAACAGCUGGGGUGAUGAUUGGGACGACGAGGAGGCACCGGUGACACCUUCAAUGCCUAAAACUCCUAGCGUCUCCUCCAAAGGCCUUGCCUCCCGACGAUUGAACAAGGAUGGAUGGAAGGACUAGCGUCGUCUUCAUUUACGUAAGCAACCGAAACCGGGGUUCGAGAGAAAAUAACAAUACAUCGAUAUAGAUUCUUGUUUAAAUUAGACAGUUUAGUUGCUCUUUUCUGUUUCUUAAAUUCCUUAAUCGGAAUGGAAAUGGGAACCUGAAGAA